AAGUCAAAACGAAUUAGUUCGAAAUCUGAACUCAUCAUGGGUGGAACUGUGCCAUGUUCAUUAGGGCCUCAAACACACAACCGAAAAAAUCAGAUUUUCGGGGCCCUUAGCGCCUGCUUAACAAUGGCGGUUGCUGGCACUUGCUACUCAAAAUCUUCUGUUGUUUUGCCUCAACUUCGAUCUGAGCAGUCUGACAUAAUCAUCACAGUGGAAGAAGGCUCAUGGUUUGCGAGCAUGAUUGUUCUUGGAAGCUUUUUGGGUUGCGUGCUUGGAGGCUUUACCAGCGAUUUCUUCGGGCGAAGAAUUUCGCUCAUCAUCGACAACAUCACCUUCAUAAUAUCUCUUUUUUUGAUUGCUUUGGCUCCGAAUUUUUCAGUAAUGUUGGUCGGUCGAUUCUUGGAAGGCGUAUCUGCUGCCUCUUGUCUUGUUUCAAUACCAAUAUUUGUUAACGAGAUCAGUCAACCAGAGGUUAAAGGAUUCACAUCGUCUUUAAACAUGAUUUGUUACACCACUGGCUUUGCUUUUAUGUCCAUUCUUGGGGCAAUGUUUCCUUGGAGAUGGGCGGUCGGAAUCGUUCUGAUCAUUCCACUCACUGCAUUAGUUGGUCUUGGCAUUUCUCACGAAACCCCAGUUUGGCUUUUACGGAAAGGACGGGAAGACGCAGCUUUGCGAUCGAUGACAUUCUACCGUGGAAAUGAAGAAGUUAUCAAAUGGGAAAUGGAGCGAACAAAAAGGAGUAUUGCUGAUGUUAAUAUUGACCGAGAUGAAUCAAGCCUUCUGAAAAUGGCAAAACGGCUCCUACGGAGACCUGACUUUAUGAAGCCAUUCCUGAUUGUACUUGGGUUGGUUACGAUUAUGAUAGAUUGCAGUGGAUUGCCUGCAUUUGCCUUCUAUUUGGUUCCUAUUUUGCAAGAAUCAAACUUGCCAAUCGACCCCUAUUGGUGUGCAGCAAGUUUAACUUGUUACAGAGCGUUCAUUGCCAUAGCAACCUCAGGGAUUGUUGCAAGAUGCCACAGAAGACCUGUCUUUUUUGCCUCCGGUUGUGCAAUCAUAUUUUCGUCUGGAAGUUUCAGCCUCUACUACCUCUUAGACACUCAUCAUUUGCUAGACAACUUUCCUUGGAUCAAAUGGUGGCCAGUUUUGUCAAUCUUUGUUAUGUACACUGGGUUUUCUUGUGGUUAUGCCUCAGUCAUUUACAAUUACCAGGGUGAACUUAUGCCUUUAGAUACAAGAAGUUUUGGCAGUGGCCUGAUUGGUUUAGUGGACAAUCUAUUUCUCUUUGUUUUGGCAAAAUCUAUCCCAUCUCUUACGAUAAUGAUUGGACUGGAAGGCCUGUUUUCAAUAUUUUUUAUUGUCACAAGCAUUUCUAUGAUACUUUCAUACUUUUAUUUGCCGGAAACUUUUGGGCUGAAUUCAGAGGAAAUCGGGGAUCUAUUCAAAAAGCGAACUGUCACAGAAAAUCCAUAAUUUCCAAACAACACCAUUGGAAAUAAAAGUUUGUCGAUUA